AGCUCCGACAGUGCACUUGACAAUCCACGCCCACGUCUGCCCAGCUGGUGGCAUCUUUUCUUUCUGUUGCUAUUCUUCCAAGAUACCCAAUCGCUCUCCUCCUUUUCACGCCACGGCACUCUUGCGACUGGCGCGUACUGUGCUGUCUUGGGCAAACGACGCGGGCGGCGCUGCUUUCUAGAAAAGUCCAUACCAUUCUCCUUUCCACUCUCCUAUACGCAGCCGUGCGAACCCACGACCACCCCCCGCCAUCACCAUGUAUUUGACCGCGCAAACCCUCCGCACUGCAGCUUGGUCGUCCCUCGCCCUCUCGGUAGCGCGCGCGCAAUACACAAUAGACACGCUCAGCUUCGGGAACAAGGAUGGCGUCUAUAUCUCCCCCGACAUGCGCCACAUUCCGCACUGGAACGUCCAGGGCAAGGACGAGUUCGCGCCCCAGGUCCUCUCGGAUCGCGUCAUCCUCACGCCCCCCUACCCAGGCGGCAAGCGCGGUUCGCUAUGGGCUGAGGACGCGCUACACCACUCUGGCGACUGGACCGCCGAGCUGGACUUCCGCGCGACGGGCAUGGAGCGCGGCGGGGGCAACCUGCAGCUCUGGUAUGUCAAGGAGUCGCAAGCCCAGCAGACGCCCAACAGCCUGUACACGGCGCCCAAGUUCGACGGCCUGGUCUUGGUCAUCGACCAGUAUGAGGGGCAUGGCGGCUCGGUGCGCGGGUUCCUUAAUGACGGCACAAUCGACCUCAAGUCGCACCAAGACCCAGACACGCUGGCUUUUGGCAAGUGCGACUAUGCAUACAGGAACCGCGGGGUUCUGAGCACAGUCAAGCUGCACCAUGCGGAGGGCUUCCUCGAGGUUACGAUUGACGGCGCAUCUUGCUUCAAGACCGACAAGGUCAAGCUGCCCGACAACUACUUCUUCGGCAUCAGCGCCUCUUCCGCCGAAAACCCAGACUCGUUCGAAGUCCACAAGUUCAUCGUCUCCACCACGAACUCGCACACGCGCGAGGAGCCAAACCGCCAACGCUACCCACCCCCAGACAACAGGCCCAAGCAAAACAUCCAAGAACAGCGCGACGCCCAAGCACAGCAGCAAACGCGCUCCUCGGGCUCCCAAGCCAACAUCCCGCAGAUGCUCCAAGACGUGCUCGCCAGCAACAUCAAAUCGCAAGAAGACCAGUUUGCCGACCUGCACAACCGCGUGCAGAGCAUGAGCCACCGCGUCGACGCCCUCUUCGACCUCCUCGAGAAAAGCAACCAAGAAAACGCAAAGCGCUGGGACGAGAUGCUGCGCCGCCAGGCGCCCAUGGACGACCGCUCCGGGGCGGCGAUCCGCAAUAUGGAGAAGAUUGACCGCACGACUAUGCAGAUCCUGCGCGAUCUCGAGAGCAAGGACUUUAAAGAUGCGUUGAGCCAGGUGCAUCGCUCGAUUGAAAAUUCGCAUCAGGGAUUGACUGCGAGUAUGCCGCUGGCUAUGGCGAGUAUUGCUGCGGGUCACAAACCGAGCAUGACGGCGUUCCUCUUCAUUGCUAUUGCGGUGCAGAUCAUGGUUACAGGAGCGUAUAUCGUGUACAAGAAGAGGAGGAACGGCGCGCCGAAAAAGUACCUAUGAAGUGUUUUCUCCUGGGGGUGAUGGUGCCGUUUAUUUAGUGAAGUCGCGGGCGAGCUGGGUCUCGCAUUGUAUUAUUCCGUUUCGUUUCGUCUCAUCUUAUCCUCUGUCUGUUUAUCAGCAUUUGUGGCGUCCUGGAAGAAUAGUUGGCAGAUGGAGAUGCGUUGGAGAGGCGCGACGCAAUGCAACGAAUAGAGCUUCCUUGGUUCGCAAAAGAACAGGGUCUUCUGCUGGAUAUAAAGACGGAAAUACUAUCUACCAAUUAGUGAUGAAACAUAACUUGGCC